AUGGUUCGCUUCAACCUCGCGGCCCUGCUGGCCUUGGGCACGUCGGUCCACGCCUGGGGCGGCCCCGACUAUGGCGGCUUCCGCCGCCUCUGGCAGGACACCUUUGACGGCGCGGCCGGAUCGUCCCCCAACGGCGGCAACUGGCACAUCAUCACGGGCGACCUGGGAGUCAACGCCGAGCUCGAGACCUACACCAACAGCAACUGGAACGUGCAGCUGAGCGGCGGCGCCACGCUGCAGCUCAUCCCCUGGCGGGACGGCAGCAAGAAGAACGGCUGGUCGUCGGGCCGCAUCGAGAGCGCCUACACCUUCUCGCCCGAGAACUGGAAGCUCACGCGCGCCGAGGCCCAGAUCCGCUUCGGCGGCAACAGCAUCGGCAACAAGCAGGGCAUCUGGCCUGCCUUUUGGAUGCUCGGCGACUCGCUCCGCCACGGCACGGGCUGGCCCGCGUGCGGCGAGCUCGACAUCUUGGAGACGAUCAACGGGCAGCUCAGGGGCUACGGCACGAUGCACUGCGACAGGUACCCCGGCGGCAUCUGCAACGAGGGGACCGGCAUCGGCGGCAACAUCGGCAUUCCGGACCAGGGCUGGCACACCUGGCGCAUCGAGAUUGACAGACGCCCUCAGACCUGGGAGGGUGAGACCAUUACUUGGUUCAUGGAUGGGCAGCAGUUCCACCAGAUCUCCGGCAGCCGCCUCGGAAACCACGAUGUCUGGCGGACCGUCGCUCAGAGCCCCAUGUAUUUUAUCCUCAACGUUGCCGUCGGCGGCAACUGGCCUGGCUAUCCCAACGGAAACACCCAGGACGGCUACGGUAGCAUGAUGGAGGUUGCUUACGUCGCCGUCUACUCCACCUAA